AUGGUGUUGCCAGAUGCUUCUGGGGAUGUGCUGUCAGAAAUGGAUGUGGAUGCUUUCAGACGCCUGUUUCCUCUUCGUUUUUUUGAGACUCAUCUUGUUAAAUCUACACGACCUGAUGGCAGGUCACUAGCCGAAGCUAGAGAGACUUCUUCAGCCCUUGGGGCUGUUGCAUCUGCUGAUGGCUCAGCAUUAGUAAAGAUUGGUUCAACUAGAAUGUUGGCUGCUAUAAAAAUGGAGGUCAUGACCCCUUCAAAAGAGUCACCGGAUGAGGGUUGCAUAGCAAUUGAUUUCCACAUGCCUCCAAUUUGCUCCCCAACUGUUAGGCCUGGCAGGCCAGCUGAGGCAGCACCUGUGGUGUCGAAGCAGUUAUCUGACACUAUUUUAAGUUGUGGCAUGAUUAAUUUGAAGGAGUUAUCCUUGAUCAGCGGAAAGGCUGCUUGGAUGGCCUACCUGGACAUAUAUUGUUUGGAUGCUGAUGGUGCUCUUUUCGAUGCUGCUUUGCUGUCAGCAGUUGCUGCCUUUUCUCACUUGCAGAUUCCUGUAGUUUCUAUGAAUGAUGAUGGGAAAGUAGUAGUUUUGUCUGGAGAUCAUGGAGGAAAGGAGCCAGUCAAUAAAGGGAAGAGGAAACUCACAUUAAGCAGUAUUCCAUUUUCAUUAACAUGCUUGCUUCAUAAGAAUUACAUCUUGGCUGACCCUACCGCAGAGGAAGAGUCUGUAAUGGAAACUCUUGUAACUGUGGUUUUGGAUUCAUCUGGUCAACUUGUGUCUCUUUACAAGCCAGGUGGACCUGUUCUUGCCUAUACAUCAGCUAUCCAGGAUUGUGUUGCACUGACUAGGCAAAGAGCGAGGGAGCUUCAAAUGAUCUUAGAUGAAGUCACCUCCAGUAUGGAGGUUGAUUAG